AUGAAUGCCUUUGCAUAUGUCCUGCUUCUUGUGGCUGCCACGGUUGCGACAGCUGCCCCCCUCGACUCCUCCCCGGAAAAUGUGUCUUUGGCUACGCACAACGACCUUUUUCCUAGGAAAGUCUGCGUUGUUGAAGAUGGUAUGAGCUGUUACUACGAGGGAGGAGAUUGUUACUACCACGAUUUCGGAUUGCUGGGACUGCAAGUGUGA